AUGGAUAAUUAAAAAAAAUGCUUGUAUGAAAAAUUUGGAGGAGACUAAUAAGUAUCAGAACUUAUAGAUUAAUUCUAUUACAAAGUGCUCUUUGAUAAGCUUCUUCGUGAUAAAUUUUUGAAGGCAGACAUGAGUAGAGUAAGGUAUCAAUAAAAGCGAUUCUUCUCUCAAAUGAUGGGUGAUAAAAAUACUUAAUAUACUGGCAGAGAUUUAAUUGAAGUCCACAAAAAUCUGAACAUUACAAAUUAAUAAUUUGACAAAUUUAAGAUCCAUCUCAAAAAUAUUGCCUAGGAUAUGGAAGUACCCAACUAAGAUAUCGAUGAAUUGCUUCAACAAGUUGAAAAUCAUAGAGAUCUAAUUGUUUUUUCGAAAUGA